CUUUGCACGAUGGCAGCGACCAGUCCCGGUGCCCGGCUGCGGGCGCCUAGCCGGGACAGCCUUGAGGGCACUGCUGUAGGAGACGACAAUCGCGUCACACUACAGAAGGUUACGCGAAUCAUGGAUGCGAUCCUGGCUGCUGGGGAUGGUCCGGAAGCGAUUGAGCUGACGAAACAGCUCACCAGCCCUUCUGUGGUUGAUUCACAUGGGCAAACUCUGCUACACCGCGCAGCCCACGCAGGGCACGAAUGCCUUGUGGGCCAUCUCCUGGCAUGCAGUGCCCCGUUGGAAAUGCUCUCUGCGCAUGGCCUCACGCCAUUGCACAUGGCUGCUGCGGCUGGCAACCUUACUGUGGUGCAGCAGCUACUCGCUGCCGGCGCCAGUCCAAACGUGCAAAGCUUUGCAGGCUUUGCGUCUUUGCACUUUGCAGCAUUGCGUGGACACCAGCAAGUGGCCGAGGCCCUUCUACGAGCUGGGGCUCGACGAGCCACAACCACAAAUUUUGGUUGGCAGCCUAGUCGCCAUGCCCUUCUGGCCAAUCCUGAUAUGAGUAAACUCCUCUGCAAAGAUGGUCACAAAUCAUGUUUGGGCUGCGGUGCUCGACGCGGCAAAUGCACCUGCGAUCCACACAGCGCAGCUUCUGCUGACAAUCUCGAUCGGCUCAAGGUGCUCCAUGCAGCUGGCGUGUCCC